AAAAUCCAACCAUCAAAACCCUUACCGAGUUGUACACGACUCGAAUCUAUUCACGACAUGCUUUGUGCAAAGGCGUCUCACCGUAUCGACUGACUCUCCGACUGAGCCGCUUUACGUAUGUGUUUUCUUGUUGCAGAUUGUCAAUCAGUAAAGAUCAUGGCGGCGUUUUUCAAGCAUGGCAUUUCGAAAACAGGACAGAUUCUAGCACCAAAAAACAUUUUCCGGCAAUGCUACGCCACAAAAGCGGAGAAAAAGAAGGGUAUAGAUAGAAAACCUGGCCCAAAAUUAACUGGUACAGCCGAAUCUUUAGCCACAAAAGGUUUCCUACGCCCACAGAAGGAAUACGUUCCACCAGCAGAUGUAAAUAAAACUUUAUCAGUAAUAUUCCAAGAGGUUUUAGGAACAGAACAAUUAGACACAAAAGUAGUUGAUUUGAAUGAUCGUUUCAAAUUAUUUGCCACAUGUUUUAGUCAAAUAGGACACAGUAUUCCUAAUUCAUUGUUACACCAAAUAGAAACUUUAAAAGAUGUAGUCAAAUUUUACGAGACACCUGUAGAUGUAAGAACUCCUUAUGACAAGUUAAAAAAUGUAGAACUACCUGAAAAUCUACAUGUUCAACAUGAAUAUCACAGGUGGCUUCCAGAUACAGAUGAUCGGUUUGGAGGUCUAACAGCAUUUCCCGAAAGCUCAACUAUAGUAACUGGCCUUAAAUACAAAGGAAAAUAUAAGGGACAUAAACAAACCUUUAGGAAUUUAACUUAAUUUGUAAUUUAAUUGAUGUAAAUAAAACUUAAAAUGCAAA